GCUCUUACUCCUCCGCUUCAUCUCCUGCCCGAGGCUUGCUUGGCUUUUCUGGUCCGCGGUGGCGCCGUGACCUGCGGAGUGUGGGGUCCGCAGGGAGGACGCUGGAACCAUGGCCGCCGAAAUGGAACUGUUGACAUUCAAGGAUGUGGCCAUUGAUCUCUCUUUAGAGGAGUGGGAAUGCCUGGACCCUGCUCAGCAGAAUUUAUAUAGGGAUGUGACGUUAGAAAACUACAGAAACUUGAUCUUCCUAGGUCUAGCUGUCUCUAAGCCACACCUGAUAACCCUUCUGGAGCAAAGGAAAGAACCCUGGAUUGUGAAGAGUCAAGAUAUAGCAGCCAUGCAUUCAGCUAUGUCUUAUCAUAUUCAAGGGUUUUCAUCAGAGCAGGGCAUAAAACAUUCAUUCCAAAAAGUGAUGCAUCAAAGAUAUGGAAAUUGUGGCAUUACCAAUUUAUACUUAAGAAAAGACUGGGAAAUUGUUGGUGAGUAUGACGGGGAGAAUCAGUGUUUUAAUGGACAUAACCAAUAUGUGACAACUAAAGACAGUGGAAAUAUCACUGCCAAAAAUGAUAAUAAACACAUAACAUCUCAGAAAAUACUUGAAUUUUUGCCACUUACCUUGAAUGACCAAGAUGUUUCUCUAAGUAAACAUUCACAUCCAAUUAUAAAACAUAAACUUUCUCUCAAAGAAAAUUUGGAAAAGCCAAAAUUGGAUCUAGUCGAUGGUUCAGUUAACUAUUUGAACAAUUUCAAAGGUAGCAUUGGAUUAAAUUUUCAUUCAGGCAUUUCUAUAGAUAAGAGAUCAAAAAUGGAUGAAAAAAGUUCUAAAUAUUGUCAAUUUGAUAAAACCUUUAAGAAAAAUUCAUUAUUCUACAAUCAACAAAUAUGUCUAUUGUGUGCAAAAAUGUACAGUUUGAAUAAAUACAGGGUGUUUACACAUCCAUUAAUGUGCAAGCAAAACCCAUAUAUAGAUCUUUUGGAAACUCAUGACAUCUGUAAUGAACAUGAGAAGGCCUCUUGUGAGGGGUCUACUCUAAAUAAUUACCAGGAUAUUUAUGCUGGACAGGAACUUUACCAGUGUAAUGAAGUUUACAAAAUUGCAAACCAUGACUCAAACCCCAGUAAGCAUCAGAGUACACAUUUUCAAAAAAACAUUUACAAAUGUGAUAAGUGUUGCAAAGUCUUUGACCAGUGUUCAGAAAGUAUCCAUGUUCAGCACAAGCUUUCUAAGUCUAUAGACUGUAGCAAAGCAUUUGCUAAUGAUUCUGCCUUUCAUAAACACCAGAGAAUUGAUCCUGGAGAGAAACGAAACAAAUGUAAAGAAUGUGACAAAAGCUUUCAUCAGAGCUCAACCCUUAAGAAACUUUAUAAAUGUAAAGAUUGUGACAGAGUCUUUAAAUAUUGCUCAACACUGAUUCGACACCAGAGAAUUCACACUGAAGAGAAACCUUACAAAUGUGAACAGUGUGGCAAGGCCUUUAAAUACUGUUCAACUAUUAAUCAACACCAGAGAAUUCAUACAGGAGAGAAACCCUUCCAAUGUAAAGAAUGUGGCAAAGCUUUUAAUCAACGGUCGAAUCUUACCAAGCACCAGAAAAUUCAUACUGGAGAGAAACCCUUCCAAUGUAAAGAUUGUGGCAAAGUCUUUUAUCAAAACUCAGCUCUUAAUCAACACCAGAAAAUUCAUACUGGAGAGAAACCCUACAAAUGUAAUGAUUGUGGCAGAGUCUUUUAUCAAAACUCAGCCCUUAAUCAACACCAAAGAAUUCAUACUGGAGAGAAACCCUACAAAUGUAAAGAAUGUGGCAAAGCCUUUAACCAAACUUCAACCCUUAAGAAACACUACAUAAUUCAUAGUGGAGAGAAACCCUACAAAUGUAAAGAGUGCAACAAAACUUUCCAUAGUUCCUCGAACUUAACUCAACAUGAGAGAAUUCAUACUGGAGAAAAACCCCACAAAUGUAAAGAGUGUGGCAAAGCCUUUGAUCGAAGUUCCACACUUACUCAGCACCAGAGAAUUCAUACUGGAGAGAAACCCUACAAAUGUACCAGAUGUGGCAAAGCCUUUAAUCUAAGUUCAAGUCUUACUAGACACCAGAAAAUUCAUACUUGACUGAAAUGCAAAUAUAAUGGUUGUGGCAGAACCAGCGAAUAGAUUAUGUAUUAGAAACAGAAAUGUAAUGCAUGUGGUAAAACCUUUGAUGAAAUGUCAGCCUUUACUGGACACUAGAGAACACACAUGGGGAAAAGGCUGUACAGGUGUAAAGAUUAUGGCAGAGCCUUUAAUCAAAAUUUAAAGCUUAUUAUAAAUGCCUGUUUUUUAGUUCCAUUUUUGUAAACUGGAUAAAGAACAACUUUUAGAUUAGUCAUUGUAU